UUAAGGAAAUCUGGACAGAAUAUCUGACAUUGAGCACUGCAAAGCAAAUAAUUAAACGGGUACUUGCUGUUUCCUUGCCAACCAGUUGACAGCGUCUAUCCACGUGGUGGCGCCAGACGCUGCAACUCUGUUUACAAAAUGGCGGCUGCAAUGGAUACCGGAAUUUCAACUGAGAGUGAUACUUCUGGAUUAAGACAGCGAUACGUACCAGAGUCAAAUUCCGAGUGGGACAGUGAACUUCCAUAUGGAGGAAAGGUUUUUCUAGCAAGAAAGAAAAGGCCUGAUCCGCUACAUGUGAGAGCUUUCGAGGGGUUUGCGUUAUGUGCCACAAUUGCGUUCGCAUUUUACGCUUACUUCUAUUUUGAUAAUCUCCACUUCCAUGUUACGCAUGCGUAUGCCCACCUUGGUUACGCUUCAGCCCAGCAUCAGGUUGGACAACGAUAUCUCCAUGGCAAAGGAGUUGAAAAACAUGACCAGAAAGCCAUGGAAUGGUUUAGAAAAGCGUCGGAUCAGGGCCACCCUCACGCGUCAUACAACCUGGCUAUCGGUCAUCUUAAAGGCAUGAAAACAGACCUAAAACACGGAGAAGCUCAUCAGUUGAUUCACCAUGCAGCUUCCAAAGGUGUGAAACAAGCACAUAAAGUCCUGGAGAACGUGUGUUCGCGUGGAGGAUGCAACUAAUGAAGAGAAAUAAUAAACUUUGUCAUAUAUCUCAACGAAUAAUUAUGUUUGCAAUUACAGCAUUUUAUUAUUGUUCAAAUCUCUUUUUAAAGACAAAGUUAUGUUAAUAUACGGAAAUGAUAAGUUGAUCAUAUUACAGAUUUUACCAUUUUGUCCACCGCACAUGCUUCUGAUAUUCAGCAGUGUAAAUUCAACUGUUAUGAUGGAAAUAUUUACCAAAAAUAUGGUCAUAUUAUGAUAUUCCAAUUGAACAUUAUGUAAUAUUUAAGAAUGACAUUUUUUGAUGGCAGUUUCAGGAUAAAAAAGAAUGGUCCAUACCAUAUAGACUAGCGAAAAAUAGAAAAAAACACUGUAAAAAUGUUAGUCAUCAGGAUGUUAAUAAGCAUAAAGUGGCAUCAAUUCAUAUAGUUAAUGUUACGUUUCGUCAAAUGAAUAUUAGAAGUCAUUAGAAGUUAUAACAUAUCAGUUCAUUGACAUAUUACUAACAGCAACAGUGAUAGACUGUACAUGUAUAUAUCAUUAUAUUUUAAUUUAUGGCUGCAUAACGAACCAGUGGUAGUGCUUUUUUCUUGAUUUUAAAAUUGCUGUCAUAUUGUUAAUUCUGUUGCAAGAUAGCCCGUUAUAGCAACUGUUGAUAAUUGUUUUGACAGACCUUACAAUUUUUAGUUGUUUUUUUUAUUUAAUCACAAUACACGCAAACGGCCUAUGGAAUUUCUUUUGAUGAUCUCAUGAAAGCUAUAUUAUUACGAUAAUAAAACAAGUUUUUCUUAAAUUUUACCCGUUUUAGAGCAACAUUUGAACAAUAUCUUUGUAAAAACAAAGCAUACUCCUCUGGUCGGCGUUCAUUAAUUCGACUCUGAUGCUGAUCGGCGUUUGUCCGCCGUCUUUGACUUGUAGUUCUGAAAAACUUACAAAGAAAGUAAAAAAUGGACUUCACAUAUUUGAAUUUAUUACUGAGGAAAACUAGAAAUGAGCUUUUGCAAGUGUUUUUUGAAAUUAACAUAUUUUGUUUUGAAUAUUCCGUCCAAAUGUUAGUUUUUAUGCAAACACAAGCUGCUGAUUUCACAGAGAUACUAAUAUGCUAUCCCUCUUACGAUAUUUU